GCGAUCACGACAAGAUGGCAAAUAACCGCGAGGCUUUACAGUCAUAUCUCGCUCGGAUAUCCAAUUCUCUAGAUACCGAAAAUGGUGCUCUACUCGCCUCACUCGUCAAAAUAAACGAUGCACAUGCAAAAACUUUACAACCUGUCGUCCGGAGCAUGAAAGUACAGGCUCUCGAAUCAACUGUUCGAAACCGACUUGACGAAAACUGGGCUGAAGUUGUGUGUGGUCAUCUCAAAGUCCUCAAAGAAAUGGCCAAUGCUACUGGGUCAAAUGGAUUCGGGUCAGAGUCAGGAGGCGGCAUAGAUAUCCCCGAAGUAGUUGCUGCAGAGCUGCAAAAUAGUACCGCGCAAGCAUUCCACCAAUUCUUCCCGUCCCAAACACGGUGGUGUCUACCGGUACUCUACGCUCUUAAUGGAGAUCUGUGGUCUUUAAGUGCUCAGGCAGACGACGUCUCACGGAAGAGAGGGAGUAAAGCGGGUCGAUUGGAAGAAGCUGCGCGAACAAUGAACAAAGCAUUUUCGUAUUGUGUCACGGAUCGAUUCUCGCCAUUAGAAAGAUCGCGAAAGUGGGGAACGUAUCAUAUCGUUAACCUCCUCUUCAAGACAUACUUUAAGUUAACGCAAACAAAUCUCUGCAGCACCAUUCUCCGAUCGGUUGCAGCCGGGGAUUUACCAGACCUUGAACGGUACCCAAUUGCAGAUCAAGUAACCUUUAAAUUUUAUGUCGGCGUUUUGAGCUUUUACAAUGAACAGUAUAAAAAGGCGGAAGAAGAACUCUCGUUUGCACUAUGGCACUGUCCUACCGGGAAAGGCAAGCAAGCCCGAAAACGAAUUGAAAAAAUUCGCAUUCUCAUACUCAAUUAUCUUAUCCCAACGCGCUUCAUACUCGGCUUCCUCCCUAGUGCAUCCCUCUUCAUCAAGUAUCCCGCCCUUGACUACCUAUACGGCAAUUUUGCACUCGCAAUUCGACGAGGGGAUGUGAGACUGUUUGAUGAAACCUUGUAUAGGUUGCAAAGGGAUUUGAUAAAUCGGGGCACGUAUUUAACAGUAGAAAGGGCAAGGGCUUUAGCAGCCAGGAUGCUGUUCAAAAAAGUAUGGUUAAUCAACCAACGAAGUACGCGAAUACCAAUGGCGCAAUUUCAGAGGGCGUUACAUUUGGCUGGAACUGAUGUCACUCCUGAUGCUGUUGCGUGCAUGUUGGCGAAUAUGAUUGAUAAGGGAUACCUCAAGGGAUACCUGUCGUUUGAGAAACAAAUGGUUGUCACGGCCAAGGAGGAUCCAUUCCCAAAUUUAAAGGUGGUUUCUGUAUAGUAGAAACACGGCUAAUGAAUACACAAACUCCUCGGGUUAAAAUCCUGUAAACCCGGAAGGUGAAAAAUAGCAACGUCUGACAGUGUUGGACGACCAAUAGGCCAUGUUCUAAG